CUGAAGGUUGAAAAGUUACUCAAAAAGAAAAUAAAGCUGAAUGAAGUAAUUUAAUUUUUGAACGUGGUUUUUUUUAAGAUAUGGAAGAGUGUCAUGCCUCAGAAGUGCUACGACUACCAGUGAUUCUAUAUAAGAUUUUAAGUUUUCUUCCUUGCAAAGCUUUAAACUCGUGUUCAAGAGUGUGCAAAGUCUGGAGUGAGUAUGCAGCAACUAUAAAGAAAAAAAGAAAGAAAAUAGAAUGGAUGUCAUUAGAAUGUCAGGAAGAAGAAGGGCUGAACAGUAAAGCAGAGAACUUGUCCUCCUUCAUCGAGCAACUAUAUAGUGAACCUGAUCAUGUUUUAAUGUUUUGUACAUCCAGACUCUAUGAAACUCCAGUUAGUUUACCAACAUCUCAUCCCACAAGGUUUCCACGCAAUGCAAAAUGUGAAGCUGUGGAAGUUACCUCUUUCGUUGAAAAACUUUUACCAAAAGUAUGUCCAAUGUUUGCAUUAGUUGCAGAUGGGGUUGUAGUCACGGACCAAAAGACAAACAAGACAUGUGAAAUGGAAGACAGAGAUGCUCUGACACUAUUGUCAAUACCAAAAAUAGAAGGUUUUGAUAUUUAUACCUUUUAUGUAGAUAUCUAUACAUAUGCCAACAGAAUGGACGAAGGUGGCAGUACAGUAUUUGAGGUUGAUCAAGUCAGCACUGUGCCAGCUGACAAAGAGGUCAAGGCCAUCCUUUUUUUCUGUGACGAGGCAUUCUGUCCCCCAGAGAUUGGCUAUACCUUGUUACAGCACUAUAAAAACUGUGUGAUUGCAGGAGGUUAUGUAGACAAUUUCAAUAGUAACAGGAAUGCUGAAGCAUCAUUAAUGUGUAUUGCUCUCUGUGGUCCCAAGGUUCAUGCUGCUUCUGUUAUAAUACGUGAGGAAGUCAACACAGCUCAAGAAGUGGAUAAAAUCAUCAAGAAACUUAAAGAUUGUAACAUUCCUGAGGAGAAUAGUUUUGCUUUUAUGUUUGCAUGUAUUGGACGAGGCCGAGGACAUUUCAAAGGAUCUGAAAAUGUAGAGUCAAGUGUUUUUAGGAAAUACUUCCCUAAAACACCUUUAUUUGGAUUUUUUGGAAAUGGAGAAGUUGGAUUUGAACAUUUAAAUAAAUAUGAAGAAAAUAUUAACACUGAAAAGGUAUCAUCAGAGAUCCCUAAUAAACCUCUUCCAAAACUAUACCAUGCAUACACAACAAUUAUUUGCUUGGUGUCAAUUAAUUAAAAUUAAUUAAAACAAAAAUCUUUUAAAUAUACCAGUACAGGUACAGUACGAUAUGCUUUUUAUCCCUAGUGUAUUGCAUCUCAGCUGAUUUAGUAAUGAUCUCCAUCUGUCUGAAAAUAGUCAAUACUCUCUGAGACCAUUUGACAUAAAGCAUUCCUACUAGAUAUCAUUAUUUGUCCUCAUGACUAUGAUAUAUUAUCAGUUUGUUUUGUCAAUUUUCACUAGAGUUGUUGGACUAGUAUUGUAACAGUGACACAUUUAGAAUACAACUCCUCUAAAUCAGUCUUUAAAAAAUAUCUCAGUCUUUGUUUCAAUCAUGUUUUAUACUUGACCAUCAUCAUAUUUUAUCAUAAUUUCGAUUUGAACAUUUUUACU